AUGAGAGUCUUUUCCAAAAUAUUCAAGAGUGUGAGGAGAGGAAACGAUGAAGACGAUACCAUCAUUCCGUAUGUCAACAACAACAACAACAACAACAACAACAACACGAACAAUACUUCAUCAUCAACGAAUAAUAAUUCUUCUUCUUCCAAAAAAAAGAAAAUCACUUCGGCAAUCACCGCCCAUACGUCGUCGUCGUCGUCGUCGUCGUCGAAAUCUACAACAAAUACGUCGUCGAGCUCCUCCUCUAACAAUUUGAUUCUCAACAAUAUUUAUGGUGGUCAGAGUGGUAGUGGUGGUGAUUUGAAUGGACACAAUGACGAUGAUGAUACAAAAAGUGUGGAUUCUUCUUCAAACUCUAAUAGUAUUGAUUAUUCAAAAUUAAAUAUUGAAGAUGUAUUUGAUUUUGAAGGAAUUGAUAGUAUGUGUAGAGAAGCAGAAGAUUUAAAUCUUAUUGAAUUUCUCACACAAGAAAAGAUCAUUCAAAAAUUAAUAGAAUAUGUCACAUGUACUCACACUGAAAUACCAUCCUAUUUGGAAUAUAAAUUAUCUGAAGCAACCUCUUGUUCGAAUCUUCAACAAGAGACAUUCGGUGGUGACACCCCAGAGGACGAACUUGGAACUCGUGACGACAACAACACUCAUGGAUCGAUGCGACGAUUACGCUCUCCAACAGGUGACGACGACGAAGAUGACGAAGAUGACAACAACCACGAAAAUGUUCAUUCUGGUGGUGCUUCUAGGAGUGAAUCAGAAUUAAAAAUCUAUCAACAAGAAAAACAACACUAUUUGAGGAGUAGUUCUUCACAACAAGAACAACAACAACCAACUCGAUCCUCUAUUGAGGAAGGAGAUUCAAUUCAAUCAUCAUCAAAUAACGGCACCUCCACUACGACUUCAAAUAAUCUUCCAUUUAGUGAUAAGAGAGAAUAUCUUUUACAGAAAUUGAAUUACAAAUAUCCAUUUGUGGCAACUGAGAUUUUAAUAUCCACCAUUGGACAAUUUCACAUUUUACCACUCAUCAUGUUACCUUAUUCCUAUCAAACAGAUCAAGGUGAUGGUGCUAUUAAUGGACAACAUUCUUUUACACCACGUAAAGCUUCAAGUCAUUCCAUACUUGGAAAUUCCAUCAUUGAAAAUGGUCAUAACAACACGUCUUCUUCUACUACUACUAAUACUACUACUAUUACUAAUACUACUAAUACUAGUAGUAGUAAUAAUAAUAAUAUCAACAUUAGCACUAACUCUACCAAUCAUGUGCCUUCUCGUGUGGAUUACAAUGAAGACGCACAACAACAAUUCAAUAAUGGUGUGACAAAUCUUUCCACACCAUCAUCAGUACCUUCUACACAUUUACAAGUCACAAACAAGGACAUGGAUCCAUGCCUCUCCAUUUCAUCAUCAUCUUCUUCCUUCUAUAAUAAUCAUCAUCGAAAUAUGACAUCCUUGAAUUCUCGAGUGGCAUUAUUGAACAGUGAACUCAUUCGAAGAAAAUUAUUUUCAUUUAUUUAUCGAGAGAAACCAUUGAAUGCAUUUCAAGUGAAAUGUUUUGUACGAGUGAUUAUUGCCAUGAUGAAAAUUCCACAUUUGACUCAUUUAGUAAUGGAUUAUAUUUAUGCACCACAUGAUAUUCAAGAAUUUACAAGUAUUUUGAAUGAAAAAGAAGAAGAAGAGACGACUCGAUCAAUAAGGAAUAAUUUCAAUUCCAAUAAUUUCAAUUCCAAUAAUUCCAAUUCCAACAAUAAUUUCAAUAAUUUCAAUAAUUCCAAUUCCAACAAUUCCAACAAUUCCAACACCACCACCUCCACUCACAUCAUUUUACAAAUGUUAAAACACAUUGAUUCAAGUGAUGAAAUUAGUGAAUUACUUCUCAUGUGUCUUCUCUAUGAAGAUGAAGACAAUGAUCCCACACAAACUCUCCUUCAAACACCACCCUCUGGAAAUCUCAUUCAAGAUUCAUUUUUGAAUAUUUUGAAUCAACACGAUGAAGUGGCAAUGACUAAGAAUUUACAAGUUCUCAAAUUGAAACAAGAAAUUAUUCAACAAUUGUGUUCGUUGCAGUGUGAACAAAAUUUCUCUCGAAGUGUUUCUUUUAUUCUCACCACCAUUAUUCAAUAUCGAAAACCAAUGACAAGAAAACCACCUGCCAUUGUACAAUAUAUACUCAAUCGAAAACAAAUGGAAUUAAUGAUUGACAAUACUCUAAAGAUUACUUCCAAUUCACCUAGUUUUGUGGAUAAUAUGAAUUUUAUUAUGAAUUUAUUAUUUUAUAUUGCAACGAAUAGUCAGAGAUUAUUUUCAUCACAACCACCAUUACAAUCAUCAUUAUCACAAUCAUCAUGGACAAAUUCACAACAGACAUCCAUCACAACUUUCUUGAAUGGUACUAGUAGUAGUACUAGUAGUAAUAUUCAUCAUAAUAAUACCAAUAAUACUAAUAAUACUAAUACUAAUACUACUAAUACCAAUACUAAUACUAAUAACAAUUCCAAUAACAAUAGUAAUACUCAACAACAAACAACACAUCAUUCAUUGAAUACUGCUAAUAUGAUUUUGGAUGAGAGCGGAAUAGAUUGGAGACUUGUGUUGGUAUUAGUCGUUGAGAGAAUUUCAACUUUUGUUUCUUUACUGAAAGAUGAUCGAGCAAGAGAUAUUUUGAAAAAAGAUCCAACCAUCAUUUAUGUGGAACAAUAUCAUCCCAUGCAUGCUUUAUUGAUCGAUCGAAAGAAGAAUCGAAAGAUUAAUAGUAGUAACAGUGGUGGUAGUAACAGUAGCAAUAGUAGUAGUAACAAUAAUAAUAGUAAUCCUAUUGGUGGUGGUGGUGGUAAUAAUAGUAGUAGUAGUAACAAUAGUAACAGUGGAUCAUUGGGUGGUGGUGAUGGUGAAGAGACUCAAGAGUCUGGAUCCAAAUCGAUCGAAGAUCUCUCAUUUCCUCCACUUGGAAUUUAUCGAUUGAAAAUUAUUGAACUCUUUGUCAUGCUCUUCAAACAGUUAGAAGUUCUAAGUUCCAUUUAUGAUGGAUUUUUGAAACAACAUAUUUCAACAGUUUCUUCAUCGCCACCACUCGUACCACCACCACUCUCCUCUUCAUCAGAAACAUCUCCUUCAAAUCAUUGCACCAAAUCUCUUUCACAAAUCAUUCUCGAAUCCGAUGUUUUAGAAGAAUUAAUUCGAUUAGUAUUUCAAUAUCAAAGUAGUUUAUUACAUCACAUGAUUGUUCGAUUAUUAUUGGAUAUCAUUGAAGGAUUAGUAGAUCCAUUUGUGGAUGCACUUUUCACAAAAUACAAACUUGCUGAUAAAUUAUUACAAGUUCAUGAAAUGAAUCAGAGAUUACAAAAGGAACAAAGAACGAGUUUGGCAAUAUCAGGAUUUUUGACUGUGAUGGGACAAGUGAUUGGAGACAAACAACUCUCUGUUCUUGCUAACAAUGCCAAAUGGUUAAAUUUCCAACAAUAUGCCUCUGAUCGAACAUUUAUUGAAAGAAUUUAUCGAGUAGGAUCACAAGAAGUGCAGAGUUUACCAGCUGGAGAAGAAAAAAGAUUACAAGAAUUGAGAUUGAAUUGGAGAGAACGAAAUAUUUAG